AUGAGCUCCUCUGUGGAUAAGACUGUUCUCUUGCCGGAGACGAUUGAUUAUAAGAGGCAGGCAGUUGAGGUACCUGGCACGAAGAAACCCGGACAGACUGGCCACUACCGGAACGGUCUCUACGGUCUCGUCGACUCCAAGACUCCAAACGUACUCACCACCCUCACCGAAAUCUUCGAAGUUGGACUUGCGCGGUCAAGAGACCUCACAUGUCUCGGCCAUCGUCCCGUUAUAUCCACCAACCCGCUCAAAUACGCAGAUCACUUUGUCUGGAACACAUACGCGGACUCUGAUAUCCGGAGACGGCAGAUUGGGAGCGCCUUGCAUCAUUUGUUCAAAAACGGAGUCUUGGGCGGAGGAGAGUAUGACACGGUAGGGAUUUGGAGUCAGAAUCGACCAGAAUGGCAGUUUGUGGAGUGGGCGUUGAAUGCGUACCAGAAAGUUGGGGUGAGCUUGUAUGAUACGCUGGGCAAGGAUGCAGUCGACAAUCGUAUUCCAUACAGCAUCAACCACGCACAUUUGACGAUUAUAUUCGCCACUGCGAACCACAUUCCUGACUUGCUCAAGCUAGCAAGCCGGACACCUCAAGUCAAGAUGAUAGUCGCCAUCGACGAGCUUUUACCGGAACAGAAGCAAGUCUUGGUCUCGUGGGGAGAGACACAGAACGUUCAGAUCAAGGAAUUGCACGAAUUGGAAGAGGACGGAAAGGCAAAUCUUGUCGAGCCGAUUCCUGCUACGAAGGAUCAGCUAGCGUCCAUCUGCUAUACCUCCGGUACUACGAGCAAUCCCAAGGGCGUCCUCCUUACUCACUCUCAGCUCGCCAUGGGCGUACAAGCCAAUCUUUACGGCUGGACAAUCACAGAACGUGGCUGCCUUCUCUCCUACCUCCCGCUAGCUCACAUCUACGAGCGAAAUAAUGAGCUCUGUGUCGUCGCCACUGGCGGUUGUAUCGGAUACUUCACAGGUGAUCCCCUCCGCCUCCUCGAAGACGCGCAAAUCCUCCGCCCCAACUACUUCCCCUCCGUCCCUCGAAUUCUCAAUCGCGUGUAUCAGUCUGCUAUGGCAGCGGGUGACGUGCCAGGGUUGAAGGGCGCGUUAUUCAGGAAGGCUGUGGCGACGAAACUGGAGAGGCUGCAUACGACGGGAGAUCCGACACAUGCACUCUGGGAUAAGCUUGUGUUUAGGAAGAUUCAAGCCGUCCUGGGUGGUAGGAUUAAGCUGCUCACAAGUGGCUCGGCGCCGAUCAGUCCUGAGGUUAUGGAUUUCCUAAAGAUCGCAUUUGCGUGCGACGUUUUAGAAGGUCAAUACGGAAUGACCGAAAAUGCCGCUGUCUGCACGCACAUGAUUCAUAAUGACCCAUCCUCAAGCGGGACGACCGGCCCUCCGGCCGUCACCGUCGAGGUCAAGCUCCUCGACGUGCCUGCUAUGGGAUACACCUCGGAGGACAAGCCGUUCGCGCGCGGCGAGCUGUGUUGUAGGGGCGAGAAUUCGUUCAGGGAGUAUUAUAAAGAUGACAAGAACACGAAGGAGACGGUCGAUGAGGAGGGAUGGGUACAUACGGGCGAUGUGGCCAUGAUCGAUGAUUGUGGUCGUGUCAAAAUCAUCGACCGCGUGAAGAACAUAAUGAAGCUCGCACAAGGCGAAUACGUAGCGCUCGAAAAGAUCGAGAACAUCUACUCCACGCACCCCCUCGUCCAACAAUUCUUCGUCCACGGCGACGGCCUCAAAUCGUACCUCCUCGCCGUCGUCGUCCUCGAUCCUAUCACGUUCGCGCAGCUCGCGGGUAAGAUCUCGGGGACGAGGUUGAGUGAGAAGGACGUGGAGGCGAUGAGGGCGUUGUGUGCCGAUGAGAGGGUCGUGAAGGCCGUGUUGGCAGAUUUGUUGAGGGAGGGGAAGAAGAACGGGUUGAAGGGCUUCGAGAUCCCAAAACGGAUCCAUCUCAGCAUGGACCCGUUCACGAUCGAGGAGAACACGCUCACGCCGACGCUCAAGCUCCGCCGAAAGGACGCGUUCAAUAAGUACGCGAAGGAGCUCACCGCGCUGUACGCUCUUCCCGAUCCGGACGAGGGUGGGCCGAGGUCCAAGCUCUGA